CCCUGUGUCCCUCGGUUCUCCCUCCCCGGCUGGGAAGGCGGGGAGAGCGCUGCUGCGAACGCGCUUUCUUACCGUCAGAGGGAGUUGGGACCCUGAGGUUUCCUGCGUUACUCACUCGCCCAAACCCGGGCUCCUUGCAAUAAAUAGCAGCUCCUCGCCCUCGGGCUCCUCUGUUGCCGCCUCUGCCUCCUUUGGCGACCCCUGGAAAGGGGGAAGAGCCCCCUCCUCCCGCCCCUUCGCCACCGGCCCCAGGUAGCCAGUCCUCCCCUCCUCCGUCCCAUCCAUGUGGACUCACCAGCUGUUGCCACUCGGACUCUUCCUCCACUCCGUCCUGGCCGUCCCGCUGGCAGAAAACAAAGGGAAAAGAAAUCCCCUCCAUGACUACCAGAAAACAGUCGAUACCUCAUUAGUAAGGAUAGACAAGGCACUGAAAGUGAAAACGAAGCUGCUAAAUACGACAGAACAGUGUGCCAAGAGAUGCAGCCGAAGUAAAGGACUUUUAUUCAUUUGCAGGGCUUUUGCAUUUGACAAAACAGCCAAACGUUGCCAUUGGUUAUCUUUUACUAGCCUAGAAAAUGGAGUCAGGAAAAAACAUGACAACACAUUCAUUCUCUAUGAAAAGAAAGACUACGUUCGAAACUGCAUUAUUGGGAAAGGAGCAACGUACAAGGGAAACAUAUCAGUCACAAAAAGCGGGAUUGAAUGCCAAGCCUGGAAUUCGACCAUACCUCACGAACACAGCUUUUUACCUUCGAGCUAUCGAGGUAAAGAUCUUCAAAGAAACUACUGCCGCAAUCCACGAGGAGAAGAAGGGGGCCCUUGGUGUUUUACCAGCGAUCCAGAAACACGCCACGAAGUCUGCAAGAUCCCUCUCUGCUCGGAAGUUGAGUGCAUGACAUGCAAUGGCGAAGGCUACCGAGGUCCAAUGGAUCAUACUGAAACGGGCAAAGAAUGUCAACGUUGGGACCUUCAGAGACCACAUAGACAUCCUUUUCGUCCAGAGAAAUACCCUGACAAAGGCUUUGAUGAUAACUAUUGCCGAAAUCCAGAUGGUAAACCGAGGCCAUGGUGUUACACCCUUGACCCAAACACCCCCUGGGAGUUUUGCUCAAUUAAAACAUGUGCUCAGAAUGUGGUGCGCAGCUCCUCGGCGGUUAUUGAAACAACCGAGUGCAUACAAGGACAAGGAGAAGGCUACCGGGGUACCGUGAACACCAUCUGGAGUGGGAUUGAAUGCCAACGGUGGGACUCUCAGGUGCCUCACCAACAUAACUUCACACAAGAGAACUUUAAGUGCAAGGAUUUGAGAGAGAACUAUUGCCGAAACCCAGAUGGAGCUGAGGUACCCUGGUGUUUUACGACCAAUCCAAAUAUUCGGAUUGGAGAUUGUUCCCAAAUACCAAAAUGCAAUACAUCCACUGAAAAAGAUUGUUUCCGAGGGAAUGGGACAAACUAUAUGGGCAAUUUAGCCCAGACACGGUUCGGCUUGACUUGCUCCAUGUGGGAUAAAAACAUCCAAGAUUUAAGAAGGCACCUCCCUAUAUAUAAAGACCUAGAUAUAAGCAAGGUGAAGAAAAAUUACUGUCGCAAUCCAGAUGACGAUGCUCACGGCCCUUGGUGUUACACCAGCAAUCCUAAAAUGCCUUGGGACUACUGUCGUAUAUCUAGAUGUGACAAUGAUCCAGUUUCUAUAAUGAGCAGUUUAGACAUUCCCAUCAUCCCUUGUGCUUCGACAAAGCACCUACGAGUCGUGAAUGGGAUCCCAACACAACCUGAUAAAGGAUGGAUGGUCAGCUUGAAAGACAGCAGGGGCAGACAUUUCUGUGGUGGUUCACUGGUGAAAGAAGAUUGGGUCCUAACAGCCAAACAGUGCUUCCUCUCUCGGCAUAACCUCAAAGACUAUCAGGCUUGGCUUGGUAUUCAUAAUGUGGAAAGAGCUCAUGAAGAAAAGCAUAAGCAAGUUCUAAAUAUUUCCCAGUUGGUCUACGGGCCUGAAGGAUCGGAUAUAGUUUUACUGAAACUUUCCAGACCCGCAGUAAGCAAUAACGCCGUAGCUAUUAUCCGUCUGCCCAUUUCUGGUUGCACCAUUCCAGAUGGGAUCACGUGCAGUGUUUAUGGAUGGGGACACACAGGAACAAGAAAUUUUGAUGGGCAACUUCAGGAAGCAAAUAUGAUCAUGAUGGGGAAUGAACGCUGCAUUCAAGAUUUUGGAGGGAACAUAGUCCUGAAGGAAUCCGAAAUGUGCGCUCGAGCAGAGAGCAUCGGCAGUGGAACUUGUGAGCGGGAUUACGGUGGCCCACUGGUCUGUGAACAGAAUAGAAUCAAGAUCGUAGUGGGAGUGAUUAUCCCUGGACGAGGAUGUGCAGUUCCCAAACGGCCCGGGAUUUUCGUCAAGGUGGCUUACUACUCCAAAUGGAUACACAAGAUCUUAAUGACAUACAGGUCAUAGCUGAAGAACCCCACCAAGGGGUUGGUGAUAAAAGCCAGUUCUAGGGACACUGAAGGAAAGUGGGAAAUUGCAUUGAGAAAACUUGGACUUUUCUGGGAAAAACAAAAUGGUCGUCCAUCAAAUAUUAACUUGAUAAUAGUCAAGUUUAAUAGAUGUUUGUGGCUCUUCUUGUCCCAUUCUGCCUCUGGCUGCGUUGCGUGGGGUAAGCCGAACGCCGUGACUUAUUUCCUGAAUAUACUUGAAAAGGAAAAGCGAAAUCUGCUAACAUGGUGGCCGGAUAAAUGCACAUUUUCUACACUUAGCCCAGCUUUUUUUUCUUCUUCUUCUAGGCUGCUGGUUAGGAGAGCUUGUUAAUUAGGCGUAAACACCCCAUGAAAUUUGCAGAAUUGUCCCUUUCCUACACUCAGCUCUGAACUCAUCUUUAAGAUGCCAUAAAACAUGUGCAUAAGUCAGGGACAAUGUCAUCUCGUAUAUUGUUUCAUUGAGCUUGGAUUCCUUUAUUGAACACUUUCUGGAUGUGUGACCCGGUUGAGCAAUUAAUUCACAAAGUCCAUUCUAUAGUGAGAGUGAAAGUUAUCCCAACAAAGAGAAUGUAGUUUUUCUCGUGGAGUCCAUAAAUGUAUACCAACUUGGGUUGGGUGAUGAGCCAAUAAUGUCUAUCUCCUCUCUAUGUCCAAGGCCAUUUUUACUCUGAAAGCCAUAUCCUUCUUCGCUGAUGCAAUGACACACAGGGAUGAAGAAUCACUGUUAGGAAGUAGGGUGAAAACAACAAACAUCUAGUGAGGCUUAUCUAAAGGAUUUCUUUUGAGACCAAGUGUAUUGUUGCCUUCAAGCCAAAUCUUAUUGCUCUUAUUGUUUCGGACCUACAAUUACACUCCACCUCAUUUCUUUUAAGUUCAGCUAUUGCUUCUUCUCCACGUUAAUUUUCGUUAAUUUUCUAAACAACUUUGCCUUCUAAAUGAUUCCGCCACUAUCUCUGACCCUUUUGGCUGUAAAAUAUUAUUAGUUCACUUCAUUCCCUCAUCCGUUCCUACACUCCUUCCUAUUUGACAGUCUUCCCCACGAAGUUCUAAAUUUGAGUACAGACCUAGGAUUUGGCGUGGGAGGAAAAGCAAGGAAUGGAAGAGAGUUUUCUGAAGAGCUGAUCACCCUGUUACAUAAUAUUGGGCACAGAAAUUUCAAAUUAGCUCAUAGAAAUGGUGAUUCCAUCAAUAUCUGCUGUUCCCUUUAAAAUUCCAGCAAAUCGUGAAUGCUGGUCCUAAGCUAAAACCCUUAAUUCAUAUUCAUGUUUCCCAACAAAAGCCAUCAUGGAUAAUUUUAAUCUAGCAAAAACAUAAAAUACUUUGAUCUUUUUUUAAAAUGAGAAUUAUUUAGAAUUUAGAAAUUAGUUCCUCCUGGUUUGAUGUUUCUUGAUUUGACUUUAAGGGUCCAGAUUGAGGGAAGGGCUUAAAGAAAGGAGCAUAGUAAAAUUUAUUCUUUACUAAGAAUUAGCAUUUCUUCAACCUCCAACAUUCUGAUCUUUGAUUCUAAUUUUAUAAAAAUAAGAGUACAUUUUUAUCUGUAAUCCACAGCCAAUCCUUUCCAAAGGAUGCAAAUGUAUGUGACACAAAUCUUUGCACUUUCCAUCUUUCGUUUUUCAAGAUUUAAAUCUGAGGAUUCUUUCUCAUUGAAUGAACUGUCAGAUAUUGGCUUGUAUUUUUUAAAAGAAAGCAAUUUAAAAAACCCAUCCGUGUUACAGUUUGAAAGAGCUGCGAUGUGUUUUGUUCAGCAGCGUGUUUACUUCUGUUUGCAAUCACAUCCAGAUUUUAAAAGCACACAAAUGUUUAUUGUACAGAAACAAACUCCUGUUUUCUCAAUUGUAUAUUGAGAGUCAUUGCUAACCUUAGUUUUCUUAUGCAAGUAUCUGUAUAAUACAUGGAUUUUACACCAUGUCGUUCUUGCAUUCACGUUUUAAAUAUGUUUUAAGUAUGCACUUCUAUAAGUAAUGUGUGAAAGUUCCAUAAUUUUCAGUUCAGUUGUACCUAUUACACUAACUUCCUAGUAAAUGGAUGCUCUAUUAUAUUAGGUUCUUAAGAUCAGAACAGGCAGACAAAUAUCAACUAAUCAGCUUUAUAAGGCUUUUGUGUAUUUCUGCUGGCCUUUUGUUCAAAGGACUUGUAAUUAAUUAUGUGGUGACAUAUCCAGAAUUUUAUGAGAACUAAAAUACAUCAAAUGCAAAAUAGGGUAUGGAUUAAUGAAAGUCGUGUUUCCAAUCUUUAAUGUUAAUUUAACGUUUUCCAGCUCUGAACCAGAAUAUAAUCCAAUCCGAGAUUUUGCUUUAGUCAGGGUUUUUUUUUUCAACUUGGGUAAAUUACUGUCACUUUUCCAAACUGUAAGAUAUUUUGCAUAUGUUUUCCCUCUCUGCUUCUCUAUUUCUUCUUCAAAUUGUAUAUAUUUGUAUGAUGUACAUGAAAAGAAUAUUCAUGACACUAUAAAUGUAAUUCGUUUUGCAUUUUUUUGUUUGUCAAGGUUUAUGUAUUCUCCGUAAUAUGUGCAGGCAUUAUGUAUUAUGUAUAUGCCUUUCUGCUCAGUGUAAUAAAAAUAAUAUUCUGAAAUAUUAUAAGCUUCUGCGGGGCAGAAGACAAUAUGAAUUUAUAUAUAAAAUAUGUAUAGGGGUAUUAUUAUAUAUUGUGUAAGGCUUCGUAGGAUAUUUACUAUGAGUUGAGUCUCAUUACAGUGACUUUAUAGAUCUGGUUACUUGUAAAAUUUCUGGCACUUCGGAACAUCUUCUGGAGUUCAUUGAUUUUCUAAUAUACUGUCAUGUGGAGAAAUGUAAUGUUUGUCCUUGAGAUUGCAGGGAGUGUGUAUAUAUACACACACAAACACACAAACACACAAACAAAGACAUGGCAAGAGAUUAAUCUGAGAUGCAUCAGUUAUUGUGUACUUGCUCAGUUCAGGCAGCUCUGAGGCCCAGAAAUAUUCAAAAGCACAUAAUAUUCAAAUCCCAAGUAUACAUGAUUCUAGGUUCUUUCUGACAAUUGCAAACCAUCACUAAUCCUUGCAAUCUGUCAUGUGUUCUUGAGAGGUAGAGGUGGAGGAGGAGGAGAAAGAAAGAAGAAGAAGGAAAGAAGAGGAAGAAGGAGAAGGAGAAGAGGAAAGAAAGAGAAAGAAAGUGAAGGAAGGAAAGAAA